AUGUCAAAUAGUGAGGAAGUUACCUCUCAAAAUAUUGGGCCUCACUCAACCCAGCCCAAUGAAGCCCAUAAACUUGAUGGCAAAAAUUAUUUACAAUGGGCCCAAUCUGUCAAACUUGUCAUUUGUGGUCGUGGUAAACUAGGAUACAUUACUGGUGAUCUCCCUGCACCUCUUUUCAAUGAUCCUACAUACAAGGAGCUCGAUUUGUAUCUGGAUAUCACACCACUAUGUGCUAACUGCACUACAAUCCAGCGGCAGCAGAUAGAGAAAGAACGAGUUUUUGAAUUUCUUACGGGGUUAAACAGUAAUCUUAAUGAAGUUAGAGGUCGUCUGGUGGGUCGUGCCCCAUUUCCUGACACUGAAGAAGCCUUCUCUGAGGUUAGACGUGAAGAAGCACAUCGUCGUGUCAUGCUCACUACUCCUGACCUGCAGCCCAUUGAAAGCUCAGCUCUCGUAUCAAAAUCUGGCCCUCCACCACAUGGCAGAUCCACUCCUGACCCUCAACCUAAUCGUAAGGGUGAUCGGCCUUGGUGUGAUCACUGCCAACGUCACGGUCAUACUCGAUCUACUUGUUGGGUUAUCCAUGGUAAACCACCCAAUUGGACCCCUCGCCGCCAAAAUGAAAGAAAGGCCUAUCAAACUCAAACUGAGAGUACCAAUGAUCAGAAUAGUGCUGGUACCCCUUCAUUCAGUAAGGAACAACUUGCCCACCUAUACACUCUUUUGAGUCAAUCAUCCAUAAACCCCAGUUCCGGUCCUGAGACUCAUAGUGCCUCUGUUGCACACUCUGGUAAUUUUUCUUCCACCUCCAACACACCAUGGAUCAUCGAUUCGGGCGCCACUGAUCACAUGACAGGUUUACCACAUUUGUUUGAUACUUAUUCUCCAUGUUCCACCAAAUCUAGUGUCACAAUUGCAAACGGCACCCAUUCUCCUAUUUUUGGAAUAGGCACUAUUAAAUUAUCUGCUGACCUCAUUCUUAAAUCAGAUCUAUCAUCGGGGAGGAUGAUUGGCACUGCUAGGGUUCAUAACGGACUUUAUUUCUUUGAAAGGCAACAUCCAGUUAACGAGCUCUCUUCUCUAUUACGUUUGGGUUCAAGUUCUAUUUCUAAUUCUUGUUCAAGUUCAUCGUUUCUCGAUACUCCGCAACAGAAUGGAGUUGCUGAACGCAAAAAUCGCCAUCUCUUAGAAGUAGCUCGUGCUCUUAUGUUCACUAUGCAUGUCCCUAAACAUCUUUGGGGCAACACUAUCCUUACUGCUGCUUAUCUCAUUAAUCGCCUCCCUAGUCGACCCCUUCAGUUCAAAACACCAUAUUCUGUUCUUCAAUCUCUACAUCCUCACAUCUCUACAAAUACUCUACCUGUUAAAGUAUUUGGUUGCACUGCUUUUGUGCAUGUUCACUCCCACCAUUGGAGUAAAUUUGAUCCUAGAGCCAUUAAGACUGUGUUUUUGGGUUACUCUCCUACCCAAAAAGGUUAUCGGUGUUAUUGUCCCAUCACCAAAAAAACAUUCAUCUCAUGUGACGUCACAUUUUUCGAGGAUACUCCUUACUUCACUCCCACAUCGCUUCAGGGGGAGUCCAACCAUCACCAGCAAGAAGCUCAAUGGUCGUGGGGGUUAGAAUUACCCUUAACAACUCUUUUUCCAUUUUCCACUCCACUUUCUUCUGAACCAGAUAUCCAGACUCUCCCUCUUGAACAAGAAAAUCCACCAACCUCUCCUAAAAACUCUGAACCAGAAGGACAUCCUCAAGACCAAAACGUACAGAAAGAGAUUCAGGUGUAUUCCAGGAGAAUUAACAAGUUAUGA